AAGUAGGAGUAAUAAUAUAUACUACUAAAAAAAAUUAAAAGAAAAAAGAGGCAGGCAGAUAAUUCACGAGCUCUCUCUCUCUCUCUCUCUAGACUACUGUUGCAUCAUCGUCACCAACUCACCAAAUCAAUCAUCAUCGUCAUCGAAGUGUUCAAAACCCUAAUAAAAACCUGUAAUAUGUUGACUGUUGAGAGAGGGUAAGUAAAAUCUUCACGGGGUCGGAGCUCUCCUACCUUUCCGUCUCUUUCUUCUCCAAUCCUCUCUGAUCCACCUGCCUCCACGUCGAUUCCUGUGUUAGGGUUCCUCUCUCUAUCACCAUUCAGCCCUUUUUCAGUCCUAUAAUGUGAGUUCGAGUUCGUUUCCACACUAUUUAUUCGUAGAUACACAAACAAAUGGAUCGAUCUGCCGUCACAAUUGGUCCGGGCAUGGACAUACCGAUUAUGCACGAUAGCGAUCGCUACGAGCUGGUGCGAGACAUCGGUGCCGGGAAUUUCGGUGUGGCGAGGUUGAUGAGGGAUAAGCAGACCGAAGAGCUUGUCGCCGUCAAGUAUAUCGAGAGAGGUGAAAAGAUAGAUGAAAAUGUACAAAGGGAAAUUAUCAACCACAGAUCAUUGAGGCAUCCAAACAUUGUACGAUUCAAAGAGGUCAUAUUAACACCUACCCAUCUGGCUAUUGUGAUGGAGUAUGCAUCUGGUGGGGAGCUCUUUGCGCGGAUAAGCAAUGCAGGACGGUUCGACGAGAAUGAGGCACGAUUCUUCUUCCAACAACUCAUAUCAGGAGUCAGCUACUGUCAUGAAAUGCAAGUAUGUCACCGUGACUUGAAAUUGGAGAACACAUUACUGGAUGGAAGCCCAGCUCCUAGGCUGAAGAUUUGUGAUUUUGGGUAUUCCAAGCAUUCGGUGCUGCAUUCACAACCGAAGUCAACUGUCGGAACCCCUGCAUAUAUAGCCCCGGAAGUUUUACUUAAGAAAGAGUACGAUGGCAAGAUAGCGGAUGUGUGGUCUUGCGGUGUAACCUUAUACGUCAUGCUGGUCGGUGCAUACCCAUUUGAGGAUCCUGAGGAGCCUAAGAAUUUUUGCAACACAAUACAACGAAUUUUGAAAGUUCAAUACUCUAUUCCAGACUAUGUUCAUAUAUCUCCAGAGUGCAGCCAUCUGAUCUCGAGGAUUUUUGUAGCUGACCCUGCCAAGAGGAUAUCCAUGUCAGAAAUCUGGAAUGACAGGUGGUUUCUAAGGAACCUCCCAGCAGACCUCGUGGAUGAAAAAGCAAUGAACAACCAGUUUGAAGAGCCCGAUCAACCCAUGCAGAGUAUUGAGGAAAUCAUGCAGAUAAUUGCUGAGGCUACCGUACCUGCAGCUGGGACGCAGAGUCUCAACCAGUAUCUAACUGGCAGCCUUGAUAUCGAUGAUGAGAUGGAUGAUGACCUCGAUAGUGAUCUCGACAUCGAUAGCAGUGGAGAAAUAGUCUAUGCAAUGUGAUUGUAGCACAGUCCCGCAUUGGAGGAUCAGAUGAUUUGGUCAUUUCAAGGGACAAUUGACACUUUCCGCUUUGUUCUGUAUGUUUUCUAUUUCCAACUGGCAUUUGUAAUUGUAUGUACCAUAACAUGGUUAUUCACCAAUAUGUUGUCCAAUGCUUCUAAUAUUUGUAUUAUAACUUUGUCAUCUUCUUGACU